UACAAUAAUACAAAACAAUAAAAUGAGCAAUAUACUAAGAUUACUUACAAAUCCAUGUAAAAAUGUUUGCAAUAAAACAUCUAUACGUUUAAUAAGCCGCCAACCAUUGGCACAAAGUCUGAAGGAAGCGUUCACAUUGAACACAAAAGUGUGUAGAUUUCAACAACUAGCUCCCAAGCAUUUUACCGGACAACAGCGAUCGAAUUUUUGCACAAGAGCGUAUGACAUAAACACAAAUGUUACCAAAGACGUUAUAUUGUACAAAUAUGAAAAUCCAAACUUUUUCAAAACCUUAAACAUAUUUGGUAUAUGUCAAUUUAUGUUUUGGACAUAUUUGUCUCAUUUUGCUUUUACAACGUUAAGAGAUGCACCAGUGGAGCAAAAAGAAGGCGAAGAUUUGAAAUGGUUUGAACGCAUAAAUUUGGGUGAAAAUAAAUAUCGAAAUGGCAUUACGGCCAUGAGUUUUCUGAUAGGCUAUGGUAUAUUGGCAGCAGUUUGGAUGUUUACAUUGCGCUCAGUACGAUUUCUAAUACUGCGUAAAGGAGGACGGGACGUUACACUUGUUACAUAUGGGCCAUUUGGUCAUAAUCGCAUGAUGACAGUACCUCUUAAAAGUGUCUCCGCUCAGCAACCUAGAGAAAUGGCCGAGGUGCUUUUGCCUUUGAAGGUUCGCAAUCGUUCACUGUUUUAUGUGCUCGAUAUGAAGGGAGAAUUUAAGAAUACCCAACUCUAUGAUUACACUGCCGGUCUUAAUAGACGCCUUUAAAUUUUAGUAAUAUAAAAAGUCUCUUUUAUUGUUUAGUUAAUAAAUCAUUGUAAUUUAUUAUUGAAAAGAA